UUUCUUAAGUCAUUUGGAACACUGUCCCUCCACGUUUUCUAAAUUCACUGCAGCUGCCACACGAGAAGUGACAACUUUGCCAAUUAGGGAGCAAUUACAAGCAUUGGGUCACUACCACUGUCGGGUCAGCACCUGACACAGAUGUCUGGAGCUCAUGCAGAUGCAUUCAAAGUCAAUUUGGCCCAAAGGUGAUGAUUUAAUGAAGCUAGAUCAUCCAAGAGGACUUCAUUGCAAUGAAGAAAGAGGACACACAUUGCAGGAUGGACAAUAUGCAAACAUUUUCUUUUGCUCAUUGCUUGGAUCCUGUUGUAAAGGCCAAUAUAGCUUCACCCCUCAGUGAGGAAUUCAGGACACAGCUUGCCCAAUUUGGAUACAGCCCUCCCACAGACUUAGAAAACUUCAAAAGCUCUUUGGAAGGGGGAUCUCGUAAACGUAAAAGCAUGCCCAUGAAAAUGCCUUCCACUCUCCCUCCAGGAGAUCCCUCAUUUCCAUUGCACAAACAUGAAGAGAAUGUUGAUGAAGAUUCUCCCAGCCUCCCUUCAAUAUUUCAGCAUGAAUCCACACAGCCAAAGUACAAUGCUCACAUGAUCGACCUCUGCAACCUUGGUUAUCAUUUCUACAGGACUCUGGAACACUUUGGAACACAGCCUAUCAAAGAAGAACCAAUAAAACCCAAAGUUCUAUGGCCUGGCCCUACCACAUUUCUGCAGGCUCCCUAUUCAUACUACCCCAAAGUUCACCCUACUCUAAUGUUUCCUUUUAUGAUGCCCCCAGAUUUUCAUUUUAGAAAUCCUUUCCCAUUGAAAAGGCCCCUGGAGCCACCCUUCAAAAGGGUUGAGUUAAAUGAGCAAGCUGAAAAGAAGCAAAAGGUGGAAAGAGUGGAUGUUAACAUUCAGAUUGAUGACAGCUACUACGUUGAUGUAGGAGGGGAACAGAAACGUUGGCAGUGCCCUAUGUGUGACAAAUCUUACACAUCCAAAUACAACUUGGUCACUCACAUUUUGGGGCAUAGUGGCAUCAAGCCUCAUGCUUGCUCCCGGUGCGGCAAGCUUUUCAAACAGCUGAGUCAUCUGCAUACCCAUAUGCUGACUCAUCAAGGCACUCGGCCUCAUAAGUGCCAAGUAUGCCACAAGGCCUUUACCCAAACCAGCCACCUGAAGAGACACAUGAUGCAACACAGUGACAUUAAACCUUACAGCUGCAGGAUCUGUGGGAGGGGGUUUGCCUAUCCCAGUGAGUUGAAAGCUCAUGAAUCCAAGCAUGAGAAUGGCCGAGAAAAUAUCUGCAUUGAGUGUGGUCUUGACUUCCCAACUUUGGCUCAGCUGAAGAGGCACUUAACCACCCACCGAGGUCCUAUACAAUACACUUGCACUGAGUGUGACAAGACAUUCCAGUACCCAAGCCAGCUGCAGAAUCACAUGAUGAAGCACAAGGAUAUCCGCCCAUAUAUUUGUACUGAGUGUGGCAUGGAAUUUGUGCAGCCUCAUCACCUGAAGCAGCACUCUUUGACUCAUAAGGGUGUGAAAGAGCACAAGUGUGGGAUCUGUGGCCGGGAGUUUACACUACUUGCCAACAUGAAGAGACAUGUCUUAAUUCACACCAAUAUAAGGGCCUACCAAUGCCACCUCUGCUUUAAAAGCUUUGUGCAAAAACAGACUCUCAAAGCCCACAUGAUUGUCCAUUCAGAUGUCAAACCCUUCAAAUGUAAGCUGUGUGGAAAAGAAUUUAAUCGAAUGCAUAAUUUAAUGGGCCACAUGCACUUGCAUUCCGACAGCAAGCCAUUCAAAUGCCUCUACUGUCCCAGCAAAUUCACCUUGAAGGGGAACCUCACCAGACACAUGAAAGUCAAACAUGGGGUCAUGGAAAGAGGAUUUCGUUCUCAAGGAUUUGGAAGGGAGCAACUGAGAAUGUCACAACCAGAUGCCCCAAGAAACCUAGAACAGGAAGAACCCUUUGACCUUUCCCAAAAAAACCAUGGGCAAGGGCUUUCCUUUCAUUUUGACGGGGAGACUGACAAACAAAACUCAGGCCAUGAGGAAGAAGAAGAAGACAACUGCCAUAGGGCAGAGCAGUGUUCCCCUCACAUGUACGACAAAGGCAAGAAGCCUAACAGACUGCAGGACCCUCCAGGCCAAUCAGAAUAUGAGGUUAAGGAUUUCAGAGAGUCAUACUGUGAUGGAAAAGAGAAAAAGUUCAAUGACACCAUUGAGCACAAACAAGAAAACAAAAGGGAGCAAACCCGAGGAGAGAGAGACUUUGUGAAUAACAACGAGGAAUAUCACUUUGAAAGUAAUAGACUCACUCAGUCUCUAUCUGACUAUUUGUACUUUCAACAUAGGAACAAGAGCUUGAAGGAACUGCUGGAAAGUAAAAUGGAAACGCAGGCUGUUUUUCUGGGGAUCUAAAUGGACAUUGCUGAACUUACCUUUGGGAAAAUGAAGUGUUUUCAGAGUUUUUGGCUAACAUGAACUGUAAAAUCUACCAAAAUUGGUAAAUGGUAGCAAAAAAAAUAUAAACACAAAAAGCUGGCAGAAAUAAUUUAAGACAAUGUUCAUUUGUCAUUCAAUUGUUCUUUCAAGUUUUCUGUUCUUAUACAGUAACAUUUCAGUAACAUUUUAGAGAUUAAUCUAAUCUUUCAUUCUCUUCCCAAUACCUUUUCCCAAUAUUUGGACUGGGUCUACAUGCUCAGCAGAACAAAGUGGAAGAGUCCUAGGGUAGUAAGUAAAAUAGAUGGCAUACAGGAUAGUCUUUUUUUUUAAAAAAAGUUUCCCUAUGUGAUAAGUUUUCUCCCAUCACAACUUUCUCCAGGCUACACAAUACUUGUUUUUGCUUGUAUAUUUAUUUUGAUUGCAGAAAGUUAAGCACACGUGAAGCAACCACCUGAAGUAGUGCAGUACCGUCUCUAUCUCAAGAUACCACCACUUGAUUCUGCUGGUUGGGUAGCUCAGUCCAGGCCUGGGUUUCAGUCUCCUCACAUUCUGUCCCACUGUGGCAAGGCCAAGAACCAGUAACUGGGGCAGAUCUGUCUGAGCAAUAAGAAAUGAGGAAGGAACCCAUUUCUUAUUCCAGACACUAGAAGAAUAGGCUUAGCCUCUUUUGGUAGUAUCCUUUCAUGUUUCCUGUUUUUAUACAGUAAUAGUAUAGAGGUUAAUCUUUCAUUCUGUUCCAAUACCUUGUCCUAAUCUCUUUCACUGUAACCUGUGUAAGUUAAUAACCACAUCCACUCUGCACAUAAUGAAGAGGCCCCUUGAAGGCCUACUUUCCACACAAAAGCUGUCAGUUAUAAAAUUGGCCUUUUAUUAGAUUAAUGUGAACUUUAUCAUGGGAAAAAGAGAACUUUAUUUCAUUUCCUCUGGACAAUUUUUUUUUCUUGAUAA